AAUAGCAGAGAAGAAGAUUAAACCACCUUUUCACAGCAGAGGGCUGAGCUGAAACUAAACGUUAAUAAAACGCCAAGAUAAUGUAAACAGCGGAGGUUAACCUGUGUGGGGUCAAUGUUCAGGUGCAACUUAGGAUCAUCUGUGAAGUACUUGGCCUUUUUAUCAGCUCUGGGACGCCAUCACAUCCUGCAAAACAGCUGUACUUGCCAUGAAAGUGAAGCUCUACAGAGUUAAACAAUAAGUGUGCAAUAGAAAAAAAGCCCAGAUGUCCACUUCGCCAAACCCAGUAGCUGCAGUCUGUCAAGUUACGGCAACCCCAGACAAGGAGGCCAACUUCUCUGCCUGUAAACAGCUGCUGGAGGAAGCCAGACAGCGAGGGGCCUGCAUGGUGUUCCUGCCAGAGGGAUUUGACUACAUUGGAUCCAGCAGAGAGGAGACACUGUCAAUGUCAGAGCCUCUGGGAGGGGACAUAAUCUCCCGAUACACUCAACUUGCCAGGAAGUUGGAUGUGUGGCUGUCUCUAGGAGGAUUUCAUGAACGAGGACACGACUGGGAGAACGACAGACGUAUUUAUAACAGCCAUGUUAUCAUUAAUAACAAAGGUGACAUCCUGUCAGUCUACAGAAAGUCCCAUUUGUUUGAUGUGGAGCUGCCGGAGAAAGGUGUGUCACUCAAAGAGAGUGCCUUCACCAUACCCGGAGCCUCCCUGGUUCCUCCAGUCCAGACUCCAAUUGGCAAGGUCGGACUCGGCGUUUGCUAUGAUUUGAGGUUCCCUGAGUUAUCGCUUGCUUUGCAAAGACACGGCGCAGAUAUCCUUACGUAUCCAUCUGCUUUCACGGUAGUAACAGGAGCUGCUCACUGGGAGGUGUUACUCCGUGCCCGGGCAAUAGAAACGCAGUGCUUUGUCCUGGCAGCAGCGCAGGUUGGCCGGCACCACGAGACGCGUUCGUCCUACGGCCACGCCUUGGCCGUCGACCCCUGGGGGGAAGUGGUGGGUGACUGUGGAGGGGAGAAGCCAGGCAUGGUGCUGGUGGAGGUCAACCUGGACAAAGUCAACAGGACCAGGAAGAACAUGCCUGUCCAACAGCACCGCAGGGACUCUGCUUUUUACCACACUUUGAGUCAAACCUGUUUGUGAUUAAAAAUGGGAAGAUAAAAUUGUCUAUUUCGGCAGGAGUGAAUGUCAGAAUUUCACUGAUAAAUAAAUAAGAAUAAAAGCUGUUCCACUUCCUACAUUGUGUUGAAAAGUUAGGUUAAGUAAUUGUUGUGAAUUCAUAGGAAAUAUUUGUAUUUAUAUGAUGAUUUAUAAACCUGAUGUUAUAUGUUUGAAUUUGGAGUCCCACUGUAAUUAUUUUUAAUUUUUCUUGUAUUUCUAGACUUUAUUCUUUGACAAAGUGAAUCAGAUCACUGUCUCCGAUCUGUAAAUAAUGUUACACAUAAUGAUCACUAGAUGGCACUUUUGGACAACAAGAUCUAGUUCUAAAAAGGUAAAGAGAGACUGAAACCAGGGAAAACAAAUCAUCGUUCUUUUAUCAAAGAUUGCAAAUGCAGUUUUUAUUCCAAUUAAAAAUGGUUGAAUUUAACCACGAAAACCAUAUUUUCCACAGUGUUUUUAACAAAAACUAUUUUACUUCUUUAAAUAAAACAGUGUGGUUCACAACUUAA